AUGUCGGCAUCACCACUCGUCGUCCGUCCCGCCGACGCGUUGAAGCCAGCGGGGGCUGUCGGCUCGCCAUUCCGUAAUUUGUCAUCGGCUCAGGUUUCCUCAGGAAAUGGCACCCCGCAGCCAUCCAAGGACAAGAAGGCCGCGCCCAUCCCGACGACAGCCCCGACUCUGGAUCUCGCCGAGCAAAUGAACGAGGUCGAGAAGAAGCAAUAUGUGAAAGGAAAGAAACUCGGAGAAGGUACCUACGCCAUCGUCUUCCUCGGCCACCUCCGAUCGAAUACAUCCUCCCUCGUCGCCAUCAAGAAGAUCAAGGUCCAGAAAGAAUACCAAGAAGGCAUGGCACCCGACGCCGUCCGCGAACUGAAGCACCUUCAAGAGCUCCAGCACCCUAACAUCAUCUCCCUCCUCUCCGUCUUCUCCUCCAAGGACCAGAACCUCAACCUCGUCCUCGAAUACCUGCCCUUGGGUGACCUCGAGAUGCUCAUCAAGGACACGGCAAACGUCCGCUACGGUGCCGCAGAUAUCAAGGCCUGGAUGGGCAUGCUCACCCGCGGCGUCUGGUUCUGCCACGAAAACUUUGUCCUGCAUCGCGAUAUCAAGCCCAACAAUUUGCUGAUCGCCGCCGACGGCGAGGUGAAGCUUGCCGAUUUCGGUCUUGCGCGGAGCUUUGCGGACCCGUACCAGGUCAUGACGAACCAGGUUAUCACGCGCUGGUACCGCCCGCCUGAAUUGCUCUUUGGCGCGAAGCACUACAGCGGCGCCGUCGAUGUCUGGAGUGUUGGAUGCGUUUUUGCGGAACUCAUUAUUCGUGCGCCGUACAUGCCGUCCGAGACCGAGGUUCAACAGAUUUCCCUCAUUUGCCGUGCCGUCGGUACACCGACGGAGGAGAAUUGGCCCGGAGUGACCAAGCUUCCAGCCUACACGGUGCCGGAUGAUGCCGAGCCCGUCAAGGGCAGGGAUUUCUACCAGGCCAUGUUCGGCACCGUGGGUCCUGAGGGUGUCGAUCUCCUAAUGAAGACAUUCAUUCUUGAUCCCAAGAAGCGCAUUACCGCACGAGACAUGCUGAACCACAACUGGUGGCGCACGGAGCCGAAACCUUCACGCAAGGAGGACCUCCCCAAGAAAGGCGGCGGCGAAGAAAAGAUGGGCGCGGACCUGAAGCGACGUCCAGGCAUGGUUGAUGAGGAUAGGGGUGCCAAGGUGGCUCGCAAGCUCAACUUUGGAGCUUAA